AUGUCGCUGGGCAUCUGGGUGGACAUGGCUGGACGACCGCGCGAGGCGCCGCCUGACCUCCUGGAGCCCCGGGGACUCGGGGAGCCGGAGCGGCUUCACGAGGGGCGGGCGCCAUCCCAGCAGGUCACGGACGCCCGCCACAGCCCACGCGGGGGCCCGGCUGCCACGCUGGCCCGGGGGCGGCGUGUCCUGGGGCGGCCGAGGCUGCGGGGCGCAAGCAGCCGGAGGACGCGCCGCUUCCCGCCUCGUCUCCCCGGGCCCGGCCGGGGUCGCCACCCUGAGGAGGAGCAGCCAGGCCCGCCCGCCGCCGGCGGAGGCGCAGCGCGGCCCGGAGCGCUGUCCACACGCGCGCCACUCGGGACGUGCGACAGGGACGACGCGGCCGGCUCCGCGGGCCAGGAGGGGACGGUGAAGACGGGCACGGCGACGGGGUCGGUGACACGGGCCUCGAAGGGACUUGAGGAGCCUGAACCUGAGGUAGCCGGUGGAGUAGAGACGGAGAGAGAGACACAGACAGAGAGACAGAGACGCACAGAGAGGGGCAGAGACGGGCGGGCUGACGGGGUGGGGACGCGCCGCCCGGCCGCAGCCAACCCUCCGGACAGGGAGCGAGUGCGCGCCGCCCGGACGCCCGCUCUGGUUUUAACCGGCUCUCGCAACUUUUCGGGGGACAAAGAACCUGAAACGACGGGAGGGGCCGCACGGCCUGCGCACGCGCCCUCCGGCGGCUCCUCACGUCUGCUCUGCGCAGGUCCGGGACGGGAGGCGGUGGCGUCUCCCGCAUCUGCGCACGCGCCCUCCGACGGCUCCUCGCGUCUAUCCGGCGCGGGUGCAGGGCGGGAAGCAGCGGCAUCUCCCGCGUCUGCGCACGCGCCCUCCGGCGGCUCCUCGUGUCUGCUCUGCGCGGGUCCGGAGCAGGAACUGGCGGCGUCUCCCGCGUCUGCGCACGCGCCCUCCAACGGCUCCUCGCUUCUGUCCGUUGCGGGUCCAGGCCCGGAAGCGGCGGCGUCUCCUGAGGACCCGCGGUCCGGCCGUUGCUGUGGCCCAAGCCGGGAGCAGCGCGGAGAACGCGGACGGGGACGUCGCCACCCAGGAGCUCAGGCCGGCCUCUCCGGGCGGGUCCUCGGGAGCGGACGCCCUGAGGGCGUGGACACCCGCCGUGUGCGCGAAUACACGCGCGGGUGUAGACACUUUGGAACAUCUCUGGAAAAUUCUGCCGCUUCUGAGGAGGGGCCCGGGCCAAGGGCGCUUCCACCGAGCAGCCUCAGCUCCUCUGCGGUGCCCCGCCAGGAGGCGCCCCGCGGCCUGCACCUCGCUCACCGCGCUGACCCCGAGCCCCGUCCCCACCGCGGCCACCUGGCCCGGCCCAAGAGGCCCGUCUGGUGGUUUAAACACCACCCGCCUGCAGAGCCUCCCACAGCCGCGUCUCCCCUGCUCCCCCCAGAGUCCCGGAUCCCGCUGCCAGCUGGACAUCAUCCGCGGACGUCCACGUGGCCCAGAGCCAGCACCGCGAUGACCGUGUGUGCGUGACACGAUGCCCGCGGCUCUCCGCAGAAGGCGGCGGAAAUCAGCGCCCCGCGAGCGUCGUCUUUCUGGCCGGAUCAAUGGAGCCGGGAAACAGAAGACUCGCUGUGGUGGCAGCCGCGAGGGGCACGUUGGUGGACAGGGGACGUUGGCCAGAACGUCGCGUGCAUGGUUUACGUGGUCACGUCGUGCGGUCGUUGCGCUUCUCGGGCGGGUCUGCAGACACGUGUGCUCACGUGUGUGCAAAGGCACCCGCGUGUGCGAGGAAAGCAGGGCUGCUUAUCUCUGUGCUUCUUGGCCUCUCAGGGAGCUGGCCGUGCCCGGAGGGUCCCCUGUCGUUUGCUUGUGCGUGGAUGCGCUCGUGCGUGGUCUUCACAAGCCCAAGUGUCAUCUGCUCACAGCCCUUCAGAAGGACGCCGGGGCCCUGCCCCUCUUGGCCCUGGAGCGCCGGCCUCGGCAGAAUGGGACCAAGCCCCAGACUGGGCUCAGGCUGUGCACUCUCACCGCAGACAUCCAGCCGACCCCAGUGAAGGCCCCUGUGCCAUGAGCCCACAGAGCCUGCGCCCUCUUCUCUCACCCCUCCCCAAGCCCCCUGCGGCCCCUGCAGGAGGAGGCCGAGGUGGUUCCUGGACACGGCCAGAGCAGGAGGAUGGGAAAGCUCUGGGCUUUUAGUUGUCCUUUCAUAAACGGCUCCUCACUUAAUGUCGCUGUGCUCAGCAGGUGUUUCCAGAAGGUCCAGAUUCUGCAGGGUUUGCUGAGGUGUGCUUCUUCCCUGGGGUCUGAUCCAUUUCUGUCAUGGACUCAUGUGUGCUGGAGACGCACAGACUGCCUCCAACUCCGGGGGAGCAUUCUGUGUGUGUCACCGAUGGAGCCUGUCCCUGUGCUGUUCCAGACGGCUGUGGCUUCGCUCAGUUCUGUGACUCAUUGACAUAACGAACAAGUUGUCUUCUAGCUUCUCCUGUCAUCACACACUCGUCCCCUCGGGCUCGUCAGUUUGCCUGUGUGCUGAGGCCGUGAGAUGAACGCCGUGCGGGACCCAUGGCGUCCUGGUGAAGUGUGUCCCCAGACAGCUCGUGUUCCCGACGCUGGCUCUGACCCAGGUCCAACUCGGACUCUCCUUGUGGCAUGUCCUUCUCCCCCUCCACCAUCCCUGUGUGCAUGUUUACGUGGGUUUGUCAUAAACAGCUUUCAGCGGGACCUUACUUCGUCUCGCUUUAUUUAGAACCCUGCUUUCAGCCAGUGCGCUGGUCCUCUCGCAGCUGCAUGUAAUCACACGUGUGUCUGGGUUGUUCUCGGUAUCUUAUUCUGUGUCUCCUGUUCACCUGCCUUUUCUUUCUCUUCCUUGUUUUACUGUCAUAAGAACACACAAGCUCCUCGUGACAAGUUUUCAGUGCACCACACAGUGUGUGACCCUGGGGCAGGGUGGCGUACAGCAGGUCUCUAGAACGGACUCGUCCUGUGUGACUGAGACUUUGUGCCUGCUAGACGACCCCACCCUCCCCAGCCCCUGGCUCCCAUCAUCCCAUCCUCUGCUUCUGUGACAGUGACGACCUGAAGUGCUUCAGAGAAGUAGAAUCCUAGAUUGUUGUCCUCCUGUGACUGUCUUAUUUCACUCAGCACCACGUCCUCGAGGUGCCUCUGCAUUGUCACACGUGGCAGGAUUUCCUUGCUAUUGAAGGCUGGUGAUAUUCCGCUGUGAGUACAGGUGAUGUUUUCUGUGUCCAUUCCUCUGCCAACAGACAUUUGAGUUGUUUCCAUAUCCUGGCUGUCGUGAAUGAUGCUGCAGUGAACAUGGGAGCAAGACCCAUCUUGAGACCUUCAUUUCAAUUCUUCUGGAUUUCUAGCUCCUGUGGUUGCCUUUUCACUCUGUUGAUGGUUUCCUUUGUGUGCAGAAGCUUUGUAGUUUGAUGUAGACCCAGUUGUCUGUUUUUGCCUUUGUUGCCUUGGCUUUUGGUGUCAAGUGCAAAAAUCAUUGCCAAAACUGAUGUCAUAAAGGCAAGGAUGCCCACUCUCUCCACUUCUCUUCAGUACUGGAAUCCUCAGCCAGAGCAAUCAGGCAAGAAACAGAAAUCAAAGCCAUCCAAAUUGGAAAGGAAGAAGGAACGUUAUCUGUGUUUGUGGACGACUGAUCUUUUAAGUAGAAAACCCUAAAGACUCCACAAAAAACUGUUAGAUUUAAUAAGCAAAUUCAGUAAAAGAGCAGGAUACAAAAUCAACGUAUAAAAAUCUGUUGCCUUUCUGCACAUCCACAGUGAACUAUCCAAAAAGGAGCUUAAGAAAAUAAUGCCAUUUACAAUAGCAUCAAAAAGAAUAAAAUACUUAGGAAUGAAAUUAACCAAGGGAAUGAAACACUUGUAUGCUGAAAAUGAUAAGACAUUGCUCAAAGAAACUGAUAAAGACACAAAUACAUGGAAAGACAUCCUGCGCUCGUGGAUUGUAAGAGUUACUAUUGUUAAAAUGUCCAUGCUACACAAAGCAGUCUACAGAUUCAAUGCCAUCACUAUCAAAAUCACAAUGGUAGGGCCGGCUGGGUGGCACAGCAGUUAAGUUCACAUGUUCUGCUUCGA